AUGACACUUGGCAAUAGAAGGCUUGUUUUACGUGUUUUUGGUGCUGCAUUCUUGAUUUUGCUCCUUGCUGAUAUAGCUUUUGCUGCUAUGCCAUUUAAGGAUGUAGGAAGAGGAGGAGGUGGUGGUGGAGGUGGAGGAAGUAGUGGCGGUGCUAAUGGUUUGAGUUCAGGUUCUGGAUAUGGCUCGGGAUAUGGUUCAGGACGAAGUGGAGGAGGAGGGUAUGGAUCUAGCGGUGGGAUAGGAGGUGGUGGAGGCGGCGGCGGAGGUAGGGGAGGUGGCGGCAGCGGCGGAUGCAAUGGAGGUUCAGGAUAUGGGUCUGGAUCAGGGUACGGAAGUUGGUCAGGAUAUGGAAGUGGUGAUGGUGGUGGUAGGGGUGGAGGAGGUGGCAGUGGAGGUGGAGGCAAUAGUUCGGGCUAUGGAAGCGGGUCAGGCUAUGGUUCAGGGUAUGGUAGCGGUAGAGAUGAUGAUUACUCGCCAUAA